CCCCAUUUAAUUGCAUUUGUCUUUUUGCUUUCUUUUCCAUUCUUAAUUUGUCUCCGAAAAUGCUCUUUGUUGUUGUCUCCCUACUAUACAGUCUCAUGUUGCUUAUCAGUUGUCACUGUAUUUGCGGUUUUCUCUCAUCUUGUCCUCAAACUAACUAGGGUUCUCCCUCAACUCUCACAUCCAUGGUUAAAUUCCCAAGAAUUCUCUCUCUCAGCUGGUUGCACGGUAUCACACAUGUUUGUCAAAGAUCAUAGAUCUUGAAACAGCUAGUAAAACCUACUUCGCCAGGUUGGAUCAGGGUUUUGGUUUUCAAAGUUUUUGUAAAGGUAUAUGAAAUUGUGGAUGAAAGGUGUAGUACUGUCCAGAAGAAAGAGUUGAUAAUUGAGAAGCUUCUACAUGUCUUAGCGAGCAUAAACUAAAAAGAUCCCUGCUAGUGUGAAGAUCAUCAUGGCCUCUUCUAGCUAUUCCAACAAUUCUCCCUGUGCUGCCUGCAAGUUUCUGAGAAGGAAAUGUAUGUCAGAUUGCAUUUUCUCCCCUUACUUCCCACCAGAAGAGCCUCACAAGUUUGUGAAUGUUCACAAGAUAUUUGGAGCAAGCAACGUGAGCAAGAUCCUCAACGAAGUCCUGCCCCAUCAGAGGGAGGAUGCAGUGAACUCUCUGGCCUACGAAGCCGAAGCGCGCAUCAAAGAUCCUGUUUAUGGCUGUGUUGGGGCCAUCUCUGUGCUCCAAAGACAAGUCCUUAGGCUCCAAAAGGAACUUGAUGCUGCAAACGCUGAUUUGAUCCGCUAUAGUGCAUGUAGUGAAACACCAACUACUCAUCAUGGUGGAUCAGGUUUCUAUUACCCUUGGAAUAAUCAUGGCUAGCUACCACAGAGGUGACAUCUAACAGCAUGUGAAAAUUCUCUAUGCGUAAAUUCUGCAUGUCUCAACUAUUUAAUUUCAAGUUAUACCAAUAUGGGGUUUGUUACGUUAUGGACUUGUGGUAGAGUAUGGGAUGCUAUGGGUCUGAUUCAAUAUAUGUAUUUGUACAUUAAUAUAUGUGUAUAUGGUUCCAAAGGUCUCUUAAUUAUGUGACGCAACAAUUAAGAAGCUUAUCUGUAUGUAUUGAGUAUUGGAGACCUUCUGCAUAUAUGUACCAUAAGUAAUGUUGGGUGUAGACCAUUUUGUGUA